GGAGUGCGUCUGCAGUACCACAAACUAAAUUGUUUUUUCUAUGCAUUACUCAUACCUGGGUCAUCCGCUUCGAGGAUAUUCUAUCGCGUUCAUGGUUCAGUUAUCGCUGUCUCCAAGGCUCAACUGACCUUGCCGGAUCGCAUCAAGGAACAGCAAGAAAAAAUGAAAGAACAAAUGUUUGAUCAGUUGAAACAGCUGGGAAACAUGGUCCUGAAACCAUUCGGAUUGUCCACAGAAAAUUUCAAGGUGCAAAAGAAUCCGGACUCUGAAGGCUAUUCCAUUAACUUUGUACGAUAG